AUGGUGUUGUUACCGCCGUGCGCCCCCGAACUUUGCGGGAAGGAUUUCCGACAUACUUUGAAGAAGCCAAGCCCGAACUAUCCUUAUGGAUACAAGACAAAGAAGCCCAGGGUUGUCCCGGCGUUUACUAUACAAGCCAUGCAGAAGAACACCAAAGUUAUUCCUCCACCGAAAUGUAGUGUGUUCGAUCCCAUGCCACCACGACCUACUUUGUUCAGGAAAUGCUACCAAAGAGGGGAAUUUCCAGUAUGUAUCGAGUUUACGAACUAUGGCAAGCGUUUGGCGUGGAAGGUGCCGAUUGAGAAGCUGGACUUCCACCAUUACUUGCCGAUGUUCUUCGACGGUCUGGCUGAGGCGUCAUACCCGUACACGUUCAUCGUGGAGAGAGGCAUCAACGACCUGAUCACGAAGGGAUCCUACAAGGUCCUGCCUGUCGUGCCUCAACUUAUCAUACCAAUUAAAAAUGCACUAGCGACGAAGCGACCCAACGUAAUAUGUCACGCGCUCAGGUGCAUUCAAAUGCUGGUGACUGGCUGCGACAAGGUGGGAGAGGCUCUCGUACCCUAUUACCGGCAGAUACUGCCGACAUUGAACCUGUUCAAGGACAAAAACCGUAACAUCGGAUCUGGCAUCGACCACACGACCACGCGUGGAGAGAAUGUGGGAGAUCUCAUCGAGAGUACGUUACAAAUGUUGGAGAGAUACGGAGGCCCCGAUGCGUUCAUCAACAUUAAGUACAUGAUCCCAACAUAUGAAUCAAGUGUACUUAACUAA